AUGGGCACUUUGUCAGAGGCAGGCGCUGAUCGACUUAACAGUGAAGAGAACAAAAGUGAUACGGGUACAAAAUAUGCUGCAGUCGAGAGUGAAGAAGGUUCGACGAAAACAUCACUUAUUUUCUCACUUCAUGAAGAAGUCGGCGCAUUAGCAAGAGCACUUCAUGUCUUUGAAAAACAUGGUAUCAACUUAUUUCACAUCGAGUCGCGUUUAUCUCGUCAAAACAAAACUGAUCAUGAAUUCUAUGUCGAAUGCGAUAAUAGUAUGGGUAGUGUUGCCGAUGCAAUCAAACAAUUACGUCAAGAAUCGAAGUAUAUUCAUGUUCUAUCGCGUGCACAUCGAUCUUUAGAUGAAUCAGUUCCAUGGUUUCCACGAAAGUUACGUGAUUUGGACCAAUUCGCUAAUCGGGUUCUUUCCUACGGCUCAGAAUUAGAUUCUGAUCACCCAGGUUUUCGCGAUGUUCUCUAUCGCAAACGUCGAAAAGAAUUCGCUGAUAUUGCUCACCUGUAUCGACACAACCAACCGAUUCCGCGUGUAACGUACACCGAGCAGGAAAUUGCAACAUGGGCAACUGUCUUUCGUGAAUUGACACAACUCUAUCCGGCACAUGCAUGUAAAGAAUUCAAUAAUGUUUUCCCAUUACUUAUUGACAAUUGUGGUUAUAACGAAACAAAUAUUCCACAAUUGGAAGAUGUGUCGCUAUUCCUGCAAGACUGUUCCGGCUUUCGUCUUCGACCAGUUGCUGGUCUUUUAUCAUCACGAGACUUUCUCGCUGGCUUAGCUUUUCGUGUAUUCCAUUCAACACAGUAUAUUCGUCAUCAUAGCGUACCCAUGUAUACACCAGAGCCCGAUGUUUGCCAUGAAUUACUUGGUCAUGUGCCACUUUUUGCUGAUCCAGACUUUGCUGAAUUCAGUCAAGAAAUUGGCAUGGCUAGUUUAGGCGCACCUGAUGAAUAUGUAACUCGAUUAGCAACAUUGUAUUGGUUCACCGUAGAAUUUGGUCUAUGUGUUGAAAAAGAUGAACGAAAAGCAUAUGGCGCCGGUCUUCUUUCGUCAUUUGGCGAAUUACAAUAUUGCGUAUCCGAUAAGCCAUCGAUAAUGCCAUUUGAUCCUUUCCGUGCGUCGAUUCAGCCAUAUCCCAUCACAAGUUAUCAACCAACUUAUUUUCUUGCUGAAAGUUUCAAAGACGCCAAAGAAAAACUUCGACAAUAUGCAAUGACAAUUCCACGACCAUUCAGUGUUCAUUACAAUCCCUACACACAAACAAUUGAAGUUAUUGAUGGUAAAGAACAAAUUGUUAAUAUGGUUCGAACUUUACGAAAUGAUAUGGAUAUGAUUCUCGAUGCUUUACAUUUUCUUUCUGUUGAUAAAAGAAAAGGAGACCGAAUGAGACAAUUAUUUACCAUCAGUGGACAAUAUCCUAGCACUGAAGAUAUCGCGAUUACACCACAGACAUGCGGUUUAUCAUGGGAUACGCGAUUGAAAGGUUUUGGAAUUUGUCUACUGAUUAGUAUCGUGCUCGGCAUUGGUGGAAUUAUCAUCUACUUUGCAGGUGGAAAUUUAUCUGGUUUUGCGGUUCUUUAUACACUAGCUGUUCUCUUCGGGCUUGGAUCUUCGUUCUUUCUCGUGGGUCCAAUGAAUCAAUUGAAGAAAAUGUUUGACUCAUCUCGAUUUAUUGCUACAAUCGUCUUUCUCAUCUGUAUAGUUAUGACACUAGUGUCAGCUAUCGCUAUAAAAAUCGGCAUUCUUGUUUUGUUAUUUAUUAUACUUCAAUUUUUGGCAUUGCUCUGGUACACCUUGAGUUACAUUCCAUAUGCGAGAGAUGCCAUCAAAACCUGUUGUCGAGGAAUCAUGCGGCAUUAA